AUGCCUAAACAACAGCAACUUAAUCCUUGUAACAACAACGAAUUAAGCGAUAUCAAUAACACUAAUCAUAAUUCUAACAGUCAACCCGAAAGCGUCAUUACCAUAGGUGACAACGAACAAGACAACGAAUCGUUCAAUUUUGAUAAUCAUCCGUUCGUUGUUAUUUCACAACAUUCCAGUCAACAAUAUCCAACUCCUCGAUUAAUAUCUGAAGACGAAGCAGAGGAGGUGUUCACCGAAUUUUCGGAUUCUGAAUCAGAAAAGGUUCAUAGUAUAAUUGAUGAAGAAAAUAUGCCUUCGAUAGAAAAUGAAGGAAUCUGUCUUACCUCUGAAAAUUGGAUAACUCGUAGAGAUGAAACGGUAACGAGAAUCGAUCAGUUUAUACAACGUGAUAGAGUGAUAUUAAUUAGAGCCCCACCGUUCACUGGGAAAACUUCCUUGUGUAUCUUGUUAGAAGAAUAUUAUCGUAGAAAAGAUGUUCCGGUCCUACAAAUAUGUUUUUUAGGUGUUGAGGAUAUGACCUUUGAGGAAUUUUGGAUCAAUGAAACUGGAAAAAGUUGGAAAUAUUGGCUUAACCCCAAACACGGUGAAAGGAUUAUCAUAUUAGAUGAGACUCAUCAUAUCUUUGACGGAGCCCAAUAUGAAACAUUCUGGCUAAGAAUAAAAUCGUUGUGUCGUCAAGCUUCACUUGGUAGAGAAACUAUAAAGGUCAUCGCCUUUUCUACGGGAGGUAGAUUGGCUACAUCCGCUCAAAGUCCUGUGGAUUUUCAACAGAAAUUUGGAUUCGGUUUAGUUCAUUGUACGCCAUCCGAAUUAAAGGAAUUAGUCGAAGCGUUUAAUAAAUACAAUUCUAAAAAGAAGAUUCAUGUUAGUGAAAAAAUUGCUCAACACAUUAUGGAAUUCACCGCUGGACAUUUGGGUCUGAUUCGUUGGAUAUUAAACGGAAUUGAUAAUUAUUUCUCUUAUCGCGGGACGAGUUACAAAAUUACCACCGAUCCCGAAAUAAUGUCAUACUUUACGUCAUCGGAUUUCAUUGAACAUGUUAAAGCUCAUCGUGGAGCUCCUCUUUACAAGUUUAAUACUGCGGAAGGAGAAGUUAUAGAUAAACUUCUACUUAAGGAUGAGUUACGUAUUCAUUCGACUGGUCCGGAUGAAGCCGUAACUGCAUUACUUAAAGCCGGAGUAUUAUUUUAUAUUGAUGACAAAGGUCCAGAAUUUAUUUUGAGAGAAGGUCGAGUUGGGUUCGUUUCGCCUGUAGCUCGAUUACUUUCAUUCUUUCAUCGUUGUGUGUCUUUUAAACAACCACUACAAGAUGGUUUCACUUUACAAGAACUCGUUCCAAUCUAUAGUUGUUUACCUGAUGAAAUGCAUAUAUCACCUGAUGUAGGAAGGAUCUUUGCGACAGAUGGUGUAGUCGACUUUUACAUAUCUGAACCUCAAUGGGCAAUUGAACUUUUGAUUGAUGGAAUUGACAUGAAAAGACAUCAUGAGCGUUUUCAAGAUGGAGGACGAUAUUCUUCGAUUCCUAUAAAGGAUUAUAUCAUUCUUGAUAUCCGUGAAACACGAACGGUAAUCAAAUUGUACCCUAAUACCUGGCAUAUUACCCCAAACACUGAUUUUACAAGUUUUAGCAUAAUAGAAGGAAACACGAGUUUUGAUGUAUCAGUAAGAAGAGUAUUAAAUCGGUCUAAUAUGAAAAUAUCUACAGAAGAAUGUGAAGCGUUAGAAUUUGAGAUGAAAAGUUUAAAACGUAAACGAGAUGAUGAUGAAGAACUUCAAGAAUAUAAAAAACGACAAAAUAGAAGGGAUGUGAUUGAAAGUUUAGAAAAGUUGGUCGAUUUCUUACAAAAAAGGGAAAGGUACCUGAUGGAAAGGGGUGCAGUUGAAGAGGCCAAAGAGACUCAACGUGAACUUGAUCGAGCUUCUGGAGAACUAACUAAAACUUUGUAUGAAUCACUUGGUCGAUAA